UCGUCUGGUUGGGUUCUCGACUGCUCCGAGCAGCCGUUGUAUUGUGGGAUCGCGGCGCCGUGCCUGAGACGCUCGGAUCCGCAGGAGAGCCUACUCACUAGCGCCUCCUGUUGUCUGUAAAGCUGCCCUGCCAUUCCUCGGCACCUAACUCCCUCCACCCCCCCCAUCGCCUCCUCCUCCAUCCUCCAGUUCAAAAUGGCGGCGGCGGCAGCAGCGGCGGCCGCGAUGGCUCCUCCGGGCUGCCCGGGUUCGUGCCCCAACUUCGCCGUAGUCUGCUCCUUCUUGGAGCGCUACGGGCCGCUGCUCGACCUGCCUGAGUUGCCGUUCCCUGAGCUGGAGCGGGUGCUGCAGGCGCCGCCGCCGGACGUCGGCAGUGGAGAAGUACCAAAAGAAUUGGUGGAGCUCCAUUUGAAGUUGAUGAGGAAGAUUGGCAAAUCUGUUACGGCAGACAGAUGGGAAAAAUAUUUGAUCAAGAUAUGUCAAGAGUUUAAUAGCACCUGGGCAUGGGAGAUGGAGAAGAAGGGCUAUCUUGAAAUGAGUGUUGAAUGCAAACUAGCGCUCUUAAAGUACCUCUGCGAGUGUCAAUUUGAUGACAAUCUCAAAUUCAAAAACAUUAUCAAUGAGGAAGAUGCUGAUACCAUGCGUCUCCAGCCAAUUGGCCGAGACAAAGAUGGCCUUAUGUACUGGUACCAGUUGGAUCAAGAUCACAAUGUCAGAAUGUACAUAGAAGAACAAGACGAUCAAGAUGGCUCUUCAUGGAAAUGCAUUGUCAGAAAUCGAAACGAGUUGGCUGAGACUCUUGCCCUCCUGAAAGCACAGAUUGAUCCUGUGCUACUGAAAAACUCUAGCCAACAGGACAACUCUUCCCGGGAAAGUCCCAGCUUAGAGGAUGAGGAGACUAAAAAGGAGGAAGAAGCACCUAAACAAGAGGACCAGAAGGAAAAUGAAAAGAUGAAAAGUGAAGAGCAGCCAAUAAAUUCAGAAACCUGCUCCACACCCAGUGCUCUGGAAGAGGCUACUGUGAAAGUAGAAAAGGAGGAUGAAAAGGAACUUGUGAAACUGCCCGUCAUAGUCAAGCUAGAAAAACCUUUGCCAGAAAGCGAGGAUAAAAGGAUUAUUAAAGAAGAAAGCGAUUCCUUCAAGGAAAAUGUCAAACCCACUAAAGUUGAAGUUAAGGAAUUUAGAGCAGAUCCGAAAGAUACCAAAAGUAGCACGGAGAAGCUAGAGCCAGAGAGGCUAGAGUUCGGUGGCAGUGUCAGGUCUUCUCAAGAGAUCACUGAGAAGUCGACUGAAGAAACCGAGAAACUUAAAAAUGACCAGCAGGCCAAGAUACCACUAAAAAAACGAGAAAUUAAACUGAGUGAUGAUUUUGACAGUCCAAUCAAAGGACCUUUGUGUAAAUCCGUUACUCCAACAAAAGAGUUUUUGAAAGAUGAAAUAAAACAAGAGGAAGAGACUUGUAAAAGGAUCUCCACAAUCACUAUUUUGGGUCAUGAAGGGAAACAACUGGUAAAUGGAGAAGUUAGUGAUGAAAAGGUAACUCCAAAUUUUAAAACAGAACAAAUGGAGACAAAGUUUUAUGAUACAAAGGAAGAUAGCUGUAGCCCCUCUAAAGACAGGAGCGUCAUCAUGGAGGGAAAUGGAGCAGAGUCCUUAAAUUCUGUCAUAACGAAUAUGAAAAUAGGUGAUCUUGAGAAGGAAGUGGUCCCUGUGGGGAAAGAUGCAGAUAAUUCAGUAUCAGUCUUAGAGACCCAGAAUCAAAAAGGACAGCUAGAGGAAACCGGUCCUCCAGAAAUGGAAAUCUCUCUUGAGACUUCUGAGAUGGCAAAGGAUCUCUCUUUGAAAACUGCUUUAUCUGCCACUGAAUCUUGCACCCUGAAGGUUGACGAGAAGUCUCCCAAAAGUAAAAAGGAUAAGCGCCCACCAGUCCUAGAAUGUCUUGAAAAGUUAGAGAAGUCCAAAAAAACUUUUCUUGAUAAGGACACACAAAGAUUGAGUCCAAUACCAGAGGAGGUUCCGAAGUAUACUCUAGAAUCAGUAAAGUCAGUCUCUCCCGAGGCAGCGGAAACUUCUGCACCAUCUAACAUGACUGACCACUGUGAGAAGUUAGCCUCAGAAAAAGAAGUGGUAGAAUGUCAGAGUACAAGUUCCAUUGAAGGUCAUUCCCUGGAAAAAACAGACCCAGAAAUUCUAAAAAAGGAUUCUGAAUCCACAAAGGUAGAAACGGAUAAUCUGGACAAUGCCCAGACCUCUGGCACAGAGGAUCCUUCUGAGACAAAGGGUUCUAUGCAAAAAAGCAAAUUUAAAUAUAAGUUGAUUCCUGAGGAAGAAACCACUGCCUCAGAAAACACAGAGAUAACCUCUGAAAGGCAGAAAGAGGGCAUCAAAUUAACAAUUAGGAUAUCCAGUCGGAAGAAGAAGCCAGAUUCUCCUCCCCAAAUUCUAGAACCAGAAACCAAGCAAGAGAAGACAGAAAAGGAAGAAGAGAAAACAAACGUAGGUCGUACCUUGAGGCGGUCUCCAAGAAUAUCUAGACCCACAGCAAAAGUGGCUGAGAUCAGAGAUCAGAAAGCUGAUAAAAAAAGAGGGGAAGGAGAAGAUGAAGUGGAAGAAGAGUCAGCAGCUUCGCAGAAAGCAGACAAAAAAGAAAAUUUGAAAAAAACAGAGAAGGAUACAAAUUCUAAAGUAAGCAAGGUAAAACCCAAAGGCAAAGUUCGAUGGACUGGUUCUCGAACACGUGGCAGGUGGAAAUAUUCUAGCAAUGAUGAAAGUGAAGGGUCGGACAGUGAAAAAUCAUCUGCAGCUUCCGAAGAAGAGGAAGAAAAAGAAAGCGAAGAAGCCAUCCUAGCAGAUGAUGAUGAACCGUGCAAAAAAUGUGGCCUUCCAAACCAUCCUGAACUAAUUCUUCUGUGUGACUCUUGUGACAGUGGAUACCACACUGCCUGCCUUCGCCCUCCUCUGAUGAUCAUCCCAGAUGGAGAAUGGUUCUGCCCGCCUUGCCAACAUAAACUACUGUGUGAGAAAUUAGAAGAACAGUUGCAGGAUUUGGAUGUGGCCUUAAAGAAGAAGGAGCGUGCUGAACGCAGGAAAGAACGUUUGGUGUAUGUGGGUAUCAGUAUUGAGAACAUCAUUCCUCCACAAGAGCCAGAUUUUUCUGAAGAUCAUGAAGAAAAGAAAAAAGAUUCAAAAAAAUCCAAAGCAAACUUGCUUGAAAGGCGGUCAACAAGAACACGGAAAUGUAUAAGUUAUAGAUUUGAUGAAUUUGAUGAAGCAAUUGAUGAAGCCAUAGAAGAUGAUAUCAAAGAAGCUGAUGGAGGAGGAGCCGGCCGAGGAAAGGAUAUCUCCACCAUCACAGGUCACCGUGGGAAAGACAUCUCCACUAUUUUGGAUGAAGAAAGAAAAGAAAAUAAACGACCCCAGAGGGCAGCUGCUGCACGCCGGAAGAAACGCCGGCGACUAAAUGACCUGGACAGUGACAGUAACCUGGAUGAAGAAGAGAGUGAGGAUGAAUUCAAGAUCAGUGAUGGAUCUCAGGAUGAGUUUGUUGUAUCUGAUGAAAACCCAGAUGAGAGUGAAGAAGACCCACCGUCUAAUGAUGACAGCGACACUGAUUUCUGUAGCCGAAGACUGAGGCGACAUCCUUCCCGGCCAAUGAGGCAAAGCAGGCGUUUGCGGAGAAAGACCCCAAAGAAAAAGUACUCUGAUGAUGAUGAAGAGGAGGAGUCUGAAGAGAAUAGUAGAGACUCUGAAAGUGAUUUUAGCGAUGAUUUUAGUGAUGAUUUUGUAGAAACUCGGCGAAGGCGGUCAAGGAGGAAUCAGAAAAGACAAAUUAACUACAAAGAAGAUUCCGAAAGUGAUGGUUCCCAGAAGAGUUUACGACGUGGUAAAGAAAUCAGACGAGUUCACAAGCGCAGGCUUUCCAGCUCAGAGAGUGAAGAGAGCUAUAUGUCCAAGAACUCUGAAGAUGAUGAGCUAGCUAAAGAAUCAAAGCGGUCAGUUCGAAAGCGGGGUCGAAGCACAGAUGAAUAUUCAGAAGCAGAUGAGGAAGAAGGCAAACCAUCCCGAAAACGGCUACACCGGAUCGAGACAGAUGAGGAGGAGAGUUGUGACAACGCUCAUGGAGAUGCAGAUCAGCCUGCCCGUGACAACCAGCCCAGGGUCCUGCCCUCAGAACAAGAGAGCACCAAGAAGCCCUACCGGAUAGACAGUGAUGAGGAAGAGGACUUUGAAAAUGUAGGCAAAGUGGGGAGCCCUUUGGACUAUAGCUUAGUGGACUUGCCUUCCACCAAUGGACAGAGUCCUGGCAAAGCCAUUGAGAACUUGAUUGGCAAGCCAACUGAGAAGCCUCAGACCCCCAAGGACAACAGCACAGCCAGUGCAAGCCUGGCCCCCAAUGGGACAAGUGGUGGGCAGGAGGCAGGGGCACCAGAAGAGGAGGAAGAUGAGCUUUUAAGAGUGACUGACCUUGUUGAUUAUGUCUGUAAUAGUGAACAGUUAUAAGACUUCUUUUCCAUUUUUGUGCUAAUUUAUUCCACGGUAGCUCUCACACCAGCGGGCCAGUUAUUAAAAGCUGUUUUAUUUUUCCUAGAAAACUCCACUACAGAAUGACUUUUUAGAAGAAAAAUUUCAACAAACCCUGAAGUCUUUCUGUGAAGUGACCAGUUUUGAACUUUGAAGAUAAAUAAUUGCUGUAAAUUCCUUUUGAUUUUCUUUUUCCAAGUUCAUGGUCCUUGGUAAUUUCAUUCAUGGAAAAAAUCUUAUUAUAAUAACAACAAAGAUUUGUAUAUUUUUGACUUUAUAUUUCCUGAGCUCUCCUGACUUUGUGAAAAAGGGUGGAUAAGAAUGCAUUCCGAAUCUGUGAGGGCCCAAAACAGAAUUAGGGGUGGGAGAAGGCACUUGUGCUUUAGCUUUUUCAUAUUAAAUAUAUAUUAUAUUUAAACAUUCAUGGCAUAGAUGAUGAUUAACAGACUGUUUAAAAGUUCAAGUCUGUGUUGUUGCAGUUUGAGAACUGUAGAUAACAUCAUACAUACAUCAUUUAGUAACAGCAUCCAUGAUAUCAGCUUGUUUACUAUCAGAGAUAACCACACUUAAUAAAGAAGAGAUGGAGAAAGUACCAUCAUUAAAAACUCUAACCUGAGUUUCUGUUAUAGCGGAGUUCCUUGUUUUAAAAAAAAAUCAUCUGAAAAACAUUUGUACAGUAAAAUGUAUAAUGAAGCUUUGACAACCAGAUUGUGCUAGCAGCAAAUUUUUUUUAAACAGCUUUAUGCAGUGGUGAUGAGGUGGCCUCUAAUCUAAUAUACUAUCAAUGAAGAGUUAUUAGUGAUAUAAAUGUGGUCUUUCUUUAGGCCCAGGUGGACUGUAAACUUUGCAGAUAGUGUAACUCUGGUCUUCUGGCCACUUAAUAUUUAAAUAUCUGAAAUAGCCCAUUUUGAAAGAAAUACAUCUAUACAUAACAUACAUGAAGAGAUGCUAAGCUGACAGCGGUAUUUUAGCACAUUUGAAAUGGGGAAAGGAUUUUCAGGUGAAUUUUAACUGGUCUAUUCUUGCCCUUAGUAUCUACUUCAAAUUGAAGUCUACAAACAAAGCAGUUCCUUUGGGAGGUUUUUAGUUUGAGUUUUAGCAUGUAUGUGUGUGUAUAUGUGUGUGUGUAUGUGUGUGCAUUGGAAUUUCCUAUCUGCCUGGAUAUAUUAGCAGGGUUUGAAUGUAGUUUUGGCCUUUGGCCAUUAGACUUCUAUUAAAAUUCAUUAAUAGUCACAUGACCAACAGAGUUGAUUGAGAACCGCCAAUAUACUUAAUAGGCAUGACAUCCAUUUCAAACAUCUCAAUGCUUUAAUGAAAGAUGAGCCCUUUGUUUCAAGAAAAAAGGGGUUUAUAACUAAAUAUCUAACAUGUAAUUGACACUAAAAUAUGAACUUUGUCUUAUUACUGUUACAGCUGUAAAAUUUCAGGCAGAGCCAUAAAUAACAUUGUAUAAAGUGUAGCACUUGUGAUUAAACCUUGCCUGUCAAAUUCUGAAACCUUCAGCCAUUACUUCUGUGAAUACUUUUGCCCCGGGAUUUGGGUUUUUCUGUUCCAGUGUUGUGUCUGUUGCCGGCAACAGACACACAUAUCUGCUGCUGGCCCAAGGAACUUUGUUAAUUUUUCUUUCCAAAUUAAGCAUUAUAUGUGCUAGUCAGUGUAUAGUAAAGCACUUCUCUUUUUUAUUAUUAAAAAGCUGGCAUUAGACUUGCAUUAUAAAUACCUCUCUAGAAACUUUAUACUCCUUUUCCUUCCUCAACAGGUGUUGCCCUGAAGUCUUAUCUUUUGGCCUUGAAAGUUUAUAGCUGUUGUUUUUCAUUUGUUGGUUCUUUUGUUUGUUUUGUUUUGUUUCACUUUAGUUCUGUAGUACCUGCCCAUUAAUAUUUUUGCUUUGAUUCUAGCAAUGUAUAUGUAUCUGUAUAAAAAAUAAAAUAAUGAAAGCAGCCUAAAAAUAGGAUGCACCAAUAGCAUGUGGUUCCAAGCAAGUUGUGAUUUUUAUUUUGAGACAAUGUUCCACUGGAAGGGAGGGAAGGGCUUAACAUUUACAGACAGUAGAGCAGGGUUAUGUAAGGAACCAUACUCACUUACCAGGCCUCGUUUCUAGCCAGGUUUGUUCAUUUAUUUGAAAGUCAGUUAAGAAUGUUAGCCUUUUUAACUGUCUAACAGGCAGGCAAUACAAGAAUUCCUACUAGUGCAAGGUAAGUGGUUAGAAUGUGCAGGUGGCCUCUCCUGCCAUUCUUCCUCUACCAUUUUCGUCCUGCAGCUGGGUAAAGCCACUACCGUGUAGAAAUUCCCAUAUACCCUGUCUCUACCUCUGGACACACCAGCUCCUGCUUCCACCACUCUAUAGUUAAGCAAGCGAUAAGAAGUGUUCGAUGGGUAGAUUAUUUAUUUUACAGGAUGCCUAAUGUGAAAUAAGGAGUUAUUUUUACCCUUCUCCUGCAGAGUAAAAGGUCAUCGUUAGAGCAAAGACUGAGUAUUCAAUUUAGCAUAGUUCCACUGACAUGGGUUAUGAUACCACUUUUGCUGCCUAUUAAUUUACUGAACUUGAAUUAAAUGUUUGUGAACUUGAUAGUGAAUGUCUGCCUGCUAACCUUACAUUCUGAUUAAGCCAAUUAACUGUUUCAUCUACAAAGACUGCAGAAGCCUCUGAUACUUAUAAGUUAUUAUGCAGACAGAUUAAUUGUGGGCGGUUAAAUGUUGAACAGUUCAAAAACAGUUCUGCUGCUUGGUGACUAGAUUUAGUCCCUCAUGGAGUCUUGUGUUCACUGAAAUGUCACCUGAACAUGCUUUGAAGAAGUUAAAAAAAAAUGUUAGGAAAAAGUCAUUGUUCUGUAUCCAAAGAUAUAAUUCAGUCAUUAGGAACUGGACAGAGUAUAAGCAAGCGGCUCAUUUGAGUUUAGAACAUCGUGGAUCCUUAGAGUACUAACCACGGAUUUAGAUUCAUCAUAGCUGCUAUAUAAUAGAGCCCUUUAAUACUUUCAUCUUUUUUAAAUACAGAUGGACUCCCAAUGUCAAACUCCACAAUCUAUAGUGCUCGUAUUAAGGGGAGAUGCUGUUUAGUACUCAGGAUAUUUCGUUUGCAAUUUCCGUAAAGGUUUGAAAACUAGCCAAAUUUUCACAAAGCAGAAGCUUUCAAGUAAAAUAUAUGAAAGGAAAUCAGACUGAAAAUACACAUUUUGGUUUUGUAGACUUGUGUUGACAAAAUAGUGUUUAGUGUAAAACAUUCUCCGUUGUUGGCACAUUAUUAGAGAAUGAUGGCAGAGAUAUUUUCAAGAGUAUACCUGAUAAUACUGAGGUUGUGUUUCCUUGACACAUCUCUUUCCAGCUGGUCAAGGUUGCAGAUGCAGAGAAGAAAGAGGAGUUGCAUUUAGAAUAAAUUCAUGUCUACUGAUAGUCUUUUUUUUUUUUUUUUAAUAUGACCUGCCAAAGAACCAAGGACUUCGAAUGCUAAAGACGUUGUUGAAAAAAACAAUUUUUAAACAAGUUAAUUUUAAAAGGAUAUUAUAAGCUCCAGUUUUCACUUUUGGGUUGAUAGGACCCAUCCCUAUUAUAAUAUGCAUUUGAACAAAGUAUACGUAUUAAAAAUAUAUAUAGGCGUGUACUUAUUUAGAGGUAAAAUGGUGGGGAAAUGUUACCGAUUUUUAAAUGGGAUUGAUGGAAUUUACUUUGUCAUAAAGAAUGCCUUUUUAGCUUAUGUUUGUGGGGUUAAGAGAUGUUAACCAUUAGCUAGUUCUACCAUAUGACUGAAAGGAACACAGUGAAUCUGUAAGUCUAAUAUUUAGAAAAAGUGAACUGUACCCUUCAACAACACAGUGGAACAGGUCCAUGAUUGCCUCACAGCUAUAGAACACGUAUUCAAAGACCCAGAUCUUUUUUUUAAUAGAAUAUACAUACAUGUAUGUAUAUAUAUAUAUAUAUAUAAGUUAAUAUGUAUAUACAUACUUUAGAUGUUAGCAGAAAUGAAAAGUGAGUUUCAAAUCAUUAAUUGACAUUGUAAAAAGACAUAAGACAAAUAAUUGUAACUGAUGUGGAAUUAUGAACAUUUAAUUGCAGAAAGUCUAGAGAAACAUAGUGAAGUUUCUCUUCUUGGUUUGACAUUCUAAAAAAAUAUUCCUGGUUCUCUAAGAAGUAAGAAUGCCAAGACUGCAUAUCUGCUGUAAUCUAUCUAGUCCUCUGCUUAAUAUUGUUCUUAAACUUUGUUAGAAUAAAAUCCAUUCCUAUUUUAUCCACCAUUCCCAGUGUGUACCUGUAAACCUACUUUGGAAGUGGCAAUUCAUCUGCUGAUUUUCUUAUUUUUAUACCAAUCCUGAAAGACAAGGCCCUUUGCUAUCAAUGUAUUUAAGCUGGGUUAUUAUAUGUACACUUAAUAGUCUGUUUUUGAAAUAUUUCACUUCAACUUAAAUGAUAAUUUAACAUUUUUUGAGUGCCAAGAAUUG